UGGGGCGGAGAGCAGGAAGGGCUUCAGGCGUUGGACCGCGGUGAUAAGCAGAGCUGGGGAGUUUGUGACCACGUGAUGAAAAGAAACGCAAGAGGUGAAGAUGGGCCUGCUGGAGGAGGAUUGGUUCAGGUUUGAGAUCAGCUGCUGUUGAUCCAAGCAGGAAGAGAACUGGGAGAGGACUGAAACGACGUCAGAACAAGACGGAAUGAAGUAAAAGCAAAGGACCAGAGAGCAGCACGCUGGUGUCAGAGUGAAGAAGAGGGGAGGUGAAAUCUGAACUCCCAGCCAGCAGCACAGACAGAGAACCAGGGCUGUGAGGAGGGCAGACAGGAAAACCCAAGGUCAGGGGCCGAACCAGGGGCAUGAAGAGACAUCCCUUAAACGAACUCUUUUCCAUGAUGAUUACUUUUCUCUUUGUGGGGAGCCUGCUGACCAGUCUGGGCUGGUACAUGGUGGACAGCAAUAAUGUACAUCCACCCCUGCCUCCUCAGAAGAAAAGCCCUCCGAAGUUGCCAGACCCCUGCAAAAACUGCGAUGAGAACAUCAUGAAAGCUUUAGAGCUGUAUUCUGAGCCCUGGAAGAAGCAGGAGGACAACUACCAUCAGUUCAGGUCUCAGCUCAACAGCAAGUGUCAUGGACUUGAAAAGGCCAUCAUCACCCAGGCCAACACGCCGCAGGGAACCAAGCUUGUUUACGAUGCGGAGAGGAAGAGGACUCUGGUGGUGAACGCAGAGGUUUUCAACACCUUUAUCAAGGAAAAUCCCUUCCCAAAUAAAACCUGGGACACCUGCGCAGUUGUUGGAAAUGGCGGGAUUUUGGCCAAUAGCAGCUGUGGAAAAACAAUUGAUUCAGCUCAGUUUGUUAUCAGAUGUAACCUACCUCCUCUGUCAAAUGGGUUUGAGAAGGACGUUGGCAUCAAGUCAGACAUUGUCACAGCAAAUCCAAGCAUCAUCACAGAGAAGUAUUUUUCUCUGAUGCGACAUCGACGACCGUUUGCAGAGGCCAUGCGCAUCUAUGGGAACUCCAUGGUGCUGCUUCCUGCCUUCUCCUUCGGUCACAACACUGCUCUGUCUAUGAGGGCAUUUUACACCUUAGAAGACUUCGAAAGCUCUGCCAGGGCGGUCUACUUCAACCCCGAGUAUCUGAAGAAUCUGGCCAACUUCUGGCGCUCCGAGGGCCUAAAGUCGCCACGACUCAGCACAGGGAUAAUGAUGGCGAGCAUCGCUCUCGAGGUCUGCUCAGAGGUGCAUCUCUAUGGAUUCUGGCCCUUUGAUGUUCACCCUUACAGCCACCAAGGCUUGACGAACCACUAUUAUGAUGACAGAAAGGCAAAAAACAAGUUCCAUGCCAUGCCAACUGAGUUUAACCUAUUGUUGCAGUUGCACAGGAAGGGGGUGCUCAGGCUCCAUCUGGGUGACUGUACACCAGAUGAAAAGUGACAUGAUCGGUCAAGAAGCAAGAGUGCCUUCUCUGCAAAAACAGCUUUUUUAUAUACUAUUUCUAGUCAAAUGAACGUAUGAAACUUGAUUUUGGACUAAAUGACCUAGCAGGUAACAUUUUCCAGAGAUACAAUCACAUUUUUUAGAAAAUAUGUCCUGAAUAUAUAUAUACAUAUAUAUAUAUAUAUACAUUUUGUAACAGACAACAGAAAAAUGUCAAUAGAACAAAAGAAAUAGCAAAAAAUUCCACAAAACCAGGGGAACUUUAGCUAUUUUUAAGAAAUGUUUUGUUUAAAAAACAAUACCAUAAAAUAAUGUUUUACAUCCAUUGUAAUAAUUUGAUAUGAGUUUUAAAAAAUGGCUUUGCAGAAUUUACUGCAUGUCUAUAGAAUUUAGUCAUCCAUUCAAACCAAGUGUCACAAGUUGAAGCUUGUGAAUAAUGUAGCCCCAAAUUGUUCAUAAUAAAAAAAAAUGACCUUGUGCAAUCAUACAAACAACCGAUAAAUAUCUAAUAAAUAUACAAAAAGAUCAUGAAAUUAUGAAAAACCUUAUUGGUUGAUUGUGUGAUUGUACAAGGUCAUAUUUAUAUAUAUAUAUAUUUUUUUUAUUUAUGAACAAUUUGGGGCUACAUAGUGAAAUGUGUCCAUAAUGCAAUUUGUUAACAAAAAAAUGUUCCUGUCUAUGUCAGAGGGAGAUUUUUUGAUUUUACUAUAUGUUUGUGAGUCGGUUUUGGGCCUUAUACUAAUGAAUUGCUAUUAAUUUUUAAACAAAAAAAAUGAAGGUAUUUUGUAAAAAAAAAAAUCAAAAUAUGUUCUGUUUGUGCAGGCUGUCUGACUAAAAGGGUCAUCGUGAAAACAUCAGCACACUGAAUGUAAAGAAUGUUGGGCUUCUGGAUUCUGAUUUUUUAUUUUCUUAUUGAAGGAGACGUGUUUGGAAACUGUUUUUGAAUGUAAACCUGCUGAAAUUACACUGUGAGCUGGCAGCGGGAAUCUUUGCACUGACAAACCGGAGGCUUACCCUGGACUCCACAUCGCCUCUGUUACAGACUGUUGUAUCCCCCCACCCUUCUGCCGGGUGUCAAAGAGCUGUUUUAUCACACUUUGGCACAUUAUUAACUGGGAAACAAGCCCAUCUAGGGGGCUAUGUUUAUGAAGUAUGCACUUACUGGGAAAAUUGUUGCAGAUUUGUAGCAACAUUUGAUGAAUCAACUGACUUUUGAAGAAACACGUUCAAUGACCAAGCUUAUCGAGACUUUGAAGUGAGUUUACACAUGUUAUAGGACCCAUGAGUUGGAUUUAUGUGGGUAUUUUGAUGUAUGGGAGGAAAAAUGAAGGUGUACGGAAUAAAUAAUGAAGGGAGAAAA